AUGCCGCACCUUUUCGAGGCUUGUAAUCAUCACAAGGUGAACCUAAUAAAUGGAACCCCUCAAAAGCUGCUCAAAAUUGCUGAAGCUGCAAAGGCAACCGGCACGACCUUGCCGACGGUCAAGAAACUCCGCACCCAAGGAAUUUUCCUACCCGAGCGCAUAGCGGCCGAGGUAGUGUCCGUCUUCGCGCCUGACGAGCUGCGAGACUGCUACGGUAUGACCGAAGUGAGCGGCUUCCUGGCUGUGCCACCCAAAGGAGAACUACCACAAGGAAACGUAGGAUUCCCAGUCUGCGGUACAAAGAUGAAAGUAGUUGAUCCCUAUAACAAAACUGUGCUGAGUCCAAUGGAAACUGGUGAAGUACUCUUUCAGUCUCCAUACGUAAUGCGUGGUUAUUACAAGAAUGAUGAAGCUACGAGAGACUUCAUCGACCCCGAAGGCUGGAUACACACAGGUGACCUUGGCUAUUAUGACAACGAUGGUAGGCUGUUUCUGGCUGGCAGACUGAAGGACACCAUGUUCCGCAUGUCUAAGCACAUGAACCCAGCCGAGAUGGAACACUGUCUGUACGGCCACUGGGCCAUCUCCGAGGUGGCCGUCCUACCAGUUCCCAGGGAGGACACUGACGACGACCCGGCUGCUAUAGUCGUCCUCAAGGAGGGCGUUGCUGAAGACCAGAAGCUGGCUGAAGAAAUAAAAGCGUACGUCGCUGAGCGGCUGGCACCAUACAAGCACCUUCAUGGGGGAGUGUUCUUCACAGAUUGUAUCCCAAAGACGAGCUUCGGGAAAGUCAAAAGACGACAGCUGCCCAAUAUGCUCAAGUCGCUGAAGAGAAUGGACAAUUCAUCAGCCUAA